AUGCUGCACGGCAUCACAUAUCUGGAUCACGCUGGUACAGCCUUACCAUCAGUGUCUCUCAUAGAUUCGUUCUCGAGACAGCAAAAGAGGCUUCUACUCGCGAACCCGCACUCUGCUCUGUCUACAUCGCCUAAUCUCACCCAGACUGUAGUCCAAGGGGCCCGUCUCCAGGUGUUGAAGCUGUUCAACGCCAGCCCGGACCACUUCGAUGUAGUCUUUGUUGCCAACGCUACCGCUGCGACGAAACUGGUGUUUGAUGCCUUUCGCGACCAAAAUCAGGGUUUCGACUACUAUUACCACAGGGAUUGUCACACUAGCCUUGUGGGAGGGAGGCAAUUAGCACAACAACACUGCUGCUUCAGUGGUGCCGAUGCGGAUGACAUUACCGAGUGGUGGCUGGGGCAAGACGAUGCACAGAACGACCAUGCGCGACCCAAACUAUUUGCGUACCCAGCACAAUCAAACAUGAACGGUCGUCGGCUGCCACUAUCAUGGCCAGCUACUAUGCGCAAAGAAGGGCGUCACAAAAACACGUAUGUGCUCCUUGACGUCGCAGCAUACGUAUCCACCAGUCCGCUUGAUCUUAGCGACCAUGAAGGGGCUCCAGAUUUUCUCACUAUGUCGUUUUAUAAGAUAUUUGGAUACCCGAACCUCGGAGCGUUGCUGGUGCGGAAAGCCGCUGCGCACGUCUUCAAUCAGAGGCGGUACUUCGGUGGAGGAACGACGGACAUGAUAACGUGUAACGAGGAUACUUGGGUAGCCAGGAAGAAAGGCUUGUCUGAGUCGGUGGAGGACGGCACCGGACCAGCACACAGCAUUUUGGCCCUGGACUGCGCGAUCAGAGUCCAUCAAAAACUGUACGGUGGCCUAGAGCAAGUGUCCAAACAUACAAGCUGGCUUGCACGACAGCUCUAUGAGCAGCUAAGCUCCCUGCGCCAUUCGAAUGGACGGUUGGUAUGUGUGAUAUACAAAGACCCAGCGUCAACAUAUGGCGACCGCACUACCCAAGGAGCAACUGUGGCCUUCAAUGUUUACGGGACGGACGGACGAUACUUCGACACCGCUCUCGUCAGCAACGAGGCCAUGGCAUGCAAGAUCCACAUCCGAGCUGGCAGUCUCUGCAACCCAGCCGGCAUGGCGCAUACCUUGGGAUACGAUGAUCACGAGCUACGAAGAGUAUACAGCGCUGGCUUGCGGUGCGGUGAAGGAAACAGCUUCACUGGUAGGCCGCUUGGGAUGGUUCGAGUGAGCUUCGGAGCAUGCAGCAUACUGGACGACGUUGUUGCGUUUAUGAACUUCAUGAAGGCAUCUUUCGUUGAUAGGACAAGCGACAGACAUGAUUCGAAGACACAGACGGUAGACAAGCAGGGAAUGAAGAUGCUGGCAGUAGAGAGGAGAAGGAGCAGAGUGGGAAUUGGAGAAGCAGGCUGA